UUCCUUUUGCAUUUCAUAAAAGCACAGACCGAACAGCACCCUGGGCAGAAACCUCUUCAGCAUUUGCUUGGAACCAAUAAGCUAAAAAUAAAAGCAACCAGGACCCCAGCUUUUCGGAACUGCAGGGAAACAGCCAUCAUGAGUGAGGUCACCAAGAAUUCCCUGGAGAAAAUCCUUCCACAGCUGAAAUGCCAUUUCACCUGGAAAUUAUUCAAGGAAGAAAGUGUCACAAGGGAUCUAGAAGAUAGAGUGUGUAACCAGAUUGAAUUUUUAAACACUGAGUUCAAGGCUACAAUGUACAACUUGUUGGCCUACAUAAAACACCUAGAUGGUCAAAACGAGGCAGCCCUGGAAUGCUUACGGCAAGCUGAAGAGUUAAUCCAGCAAGAACAUGCUGACCAAGCAGAAAUCAGAAGUCUAGUCACUUGGGGAAACUAUGCCUGGAUCUACUAUCUUAUGGGCCGACUCUCAGAUGCUCAGACUUAUGUUGACAAGGUGAAACAAACCUGCAAGAAAUUUUCAAAUCCACACAGCAUCGAGUAUCCUGAGCUUGACUGUGAGGAAGGGUGGACACAGCUGAAGUGUGGAAGAAAUGAAAGGGCGAAGGUGUGUUUUGAGAAGGCUCUGGAAGAAAAACCCAACAACCCAGAAUUCUCCUCUGGACUGGCAAUUGCGAUGUACCAUCUGGAUAAUAACCCAGAGAAACAGGUCUGUGACAAAGUUUUGAAGGAGGCCAUAGAGCUGAGUCCUGAUAAUCAAUAUAUCAAAGUUCUCUUGGCCCUGAAACUGCAGAAGAUGAAUAAAGAAGCUGAAGGAGAGCAGUUGGUUGAAGAAGCCCUAGAGAAGGCUCCUGGCCAAACAGAUGUCCUCCGCAGUGCAGCCAAUUUUUACAGAAAAAAAGGUGACCUGGACAAAGCUAUUGAACUGUUUCAACAGGCACUAGGAUCCACACCAAACAAUGGCUACCUCUAUCACCAGAUUGGGUGCUGCUACAAGGCUAAAGUGAGACAAAUGCAGAACACAGGAGAAUCUGAAGCUAGUGGAAAUAAAGAGGAGAUUGAAGCACUAAAGCAAAAUGCUAUGGACUAUUUAAAUAAAGCUCUUGAGAAGGGACUGAAUCCUCUGAAUGCAUACUCCGAUCUCACUGAGUUCCUGGAAGCAGAAUGUUAUCAGACACCAUUCAAUAAGGAAGUUCCUGAUGCUGAGAAGCAGCAAUCCCAUCAGCACUAUUGCAAACUUCAGAAAUAUAAUGGGAAGUUUGAAGACACUGCUGUCCAACAUGGUUUAGAGAGUUUGUCCAUAAGCAAAAAAUCAACUGAGAAGGAAGAGAUCAAUGACCAACCACAGAAUGUAUCUGAAAAUCUGCUUCCACAAAAUGCACCGAAUUAUUGGUAUCUUCAAGGAUUAAUUCAUAAGCAGAAUGGAGAUCUGCUGCAAGCAGCCAAAUGUUAUGAGAAGGAACUGGGUCGCCUGCUAAGGAAUGCCCCUUCAGGCAUAGGCAGUUUGUUCCUGUCAGCAUCUGAGCUUGAAGAUGGCAGUGACGAAAUGGGCCAGGGUGCAGUCAGCUCCAAUCCCAGAGAGCUCGUCUCUAACUCAGAGCUCCUGAACAGAGGAGAAAGGAGAGAGGAGAAAAACAGAACUUCAGAAGCCUGCAACGGUGGUUGUGAGGGGUAAGAGGACAGGAAGGCAGGGGGUCCCAACCCGGGGUUGCUGAGCAGGGAAGUUAUGCACGUUGCUUGAAGGUACAUUUUUAAAGAGUUGUUUUCUCGUGUUUGUUAUAGUUGAUUAGAGUUACAUAGUCAGAAGGGCUUGCAACUGGUCACUAGUAGCAAUAAAUGCUUCAGGCCUACGUGAUGCUUAGUUCUCAGUUCUCAUUCCGUUCACCAUAUAACCCUCAUUCCGGCCCUUCCUGCCAAGGGUCAUAAGUGGUGACCACCUAGCAACAAAAUUCGUAGUCUCAGCUCAUUUUUAUCCAGCCUUCCAGACCUUGAAGAUUAACUUUUGACUAACCCUGAAAUAUCCCUUGCCUCACUUAUGGCUUCAGCAAUGUAUUUAUAUGUAUUCUUGAUAGCAAUACUGCAAUCAAUAUGUAUUGAUAGUAAUGCUACAAUAAAUCUAAACAUUUCAACUCU